AUGUCAACGAUUGCUUGUGCAGACCUUCCAUCAAUUACAUUGAACGAAUAUAAUUUCCACCCCUUUUAUGCACAUACUGAUCAUCAAUCACGCAUGCCCCUUCAAAACAAUAAACAACGAGAAGUAACAAGCAGUUCUUCAAAUCUUUUGGCACAUCAUUUAAAUGAAGAUGAAAGUUGUCAAGUAUGUGGAGAUUUAGCAUCAGGAUGGCAUUGCGGAGCCAUAACAUGUGAGGCAUGCAAGAAAUUUUUUCUUCGUUCAAUUUCAACAGGUGAUGGAAAUAAAAAGUAUAAAUGUCAAAAAGAUUUUUCUUGUUCAAUAACAAAACGUUCACGAACUCAAUGUCAAUAUUGUCGAUUUCAAAAAUGUAUUUCAAUGGGAAUGAAACCACAUGAACCAGUUGGACCAAAAACAGAAGAUUUAUAUAAAAAACUGCCAUGUCUUGUUUGUAGUGCAUCAGCAUCAGGUAUUCAUUUUGGU